UGUGUUCUCAGUAGACCGGUGUUUGGGACAAACCCCCAGGGAGUGGGCUUCGUGUCUGACUGAAAGGAUUUCAAAUGGGACAGAGGCACCCCCAGCGCCCACACUUCCCGCAGGGACCAAUCUCGCCUACUCCUGGCUAAGCAGGUGGAGGUGGAGCCGGAAGCCAGCACCAGAGGCCCUGAGAUAGUCACCAUGGGGGAGAAUGAUCCUCCGGCAGCUGAAGCCCCCUUCUCCUUCAGAUCACUCUUUGGCUUGGAUGAUUUGAAAAUAAGUCCUGUGGCACCAGAUGCAGACGCGGUGGCUGCACAGAUCUUGUCCCUGCUGCCCUUGAAGUUUUUUCCGAUCAUCGUCAUUGGGAUCAUUGCCUUGAUACUGGCGCUGGCCAUCGGCCUGGGCAUCCACUUCGACUGCUCUGGGAAGUACAGGUGCCAUUCGUCUUUCAAGUGCAUUGAACUGAUGGCUCGGUGCGACGGGGUCUCUGACUGCAAGGACGGGGAGGAUGAGUACCGAUGCGUGCGGGUGAGUGGCCAGAGAGCCGCGCUCCAGGUGUUCACGGCCGCUGCCUGGAGGACCAUGUGCUCCGAUGACUGGAAAAACCACUACGCCAAGGUUGCCUGUGCCCAGCUGGGGUUUCCCAGCUAUGUAAGCUCGGACCACCUCAGAGUGGACGCCCUUGAGGAGCAGUUCCAGGGUGACUUCGUGUCCAUCAAUCACCUCUUGCCAGAUGACAAGGUGACCACGCUGCACCACUCUGUGUACAUGAGGGAAGGCUGUGCCUCGGGACGCGUGGUCACCUUGAAGUGCUCCGCCUGUGGCCUGAGAACUGGCUACAGCCCUCGCAUUGUGGGUGGAAACAUGUCCUCGCUUGCCCAGUGGCCCUGGCAGGUCAGCCUCCAGUUCCAGGGGUACCACCUGUGUGGGGGCUCCGUCAUCACCCCUCUGUGGAUCGUCACCGCUGCACACUGUGUUUUCGACCUGUACCACCCCAAGUCCUGGACCGUCCAGGUGGGUCUUGUGUCCCUGAUGGACAGCCCCGUGCCCUCCCAUCUGGUGGAGAAGAUAAUCUACCACAGCAAAUACAAGCCGAAGCGGCUAGGCAAUGACAUCGCCCUCAUGAAACUGGCUGAGCCGCUCACAUUUGAUGAGACCAUCCAGCCCAUCUGUCUGCCCAACUCGGAAGAGAACUUUCCUGAUGGGAAACUGUGCUGGACAUCAGGAUGGGGGGCCACGGAGGAUGGAGGUGACGCCUCCCCUGUCCUGAACCACGCGGCUGUCCCGUUAAUUUCCAACAAGAUCUGCAACCACAGGGAUGUAUACGGCGGCAUCAUCUCCCCGUCCAUGCUCUGUGCGGGCUAUCUGAAAGGCGGUGUGGACAGCUGCCAGGGAGACAGUGGGGGCCCCCUGGUGUGCCAGGAGAGGAGACUGUGGAAGCUGGUGGGCGCCACAAGCUUUGGCAUUGGCUGUGCUGAGGUGAACAAGCCUGGGGUGUAUACCCGCAUCACCGCCUUCCUGGAUUGGAUUCACGAGCAGUUGGAGAGAGACCUGAAGACUUGAAGAAUGGGGGACAAACCAGCACCUGAGCUCCCGAGGGUGAAUGCAGCCCAAACCUUCCCUGGACUCCUGUGUGGGCAUGGUGGAUGCGAGUACCAGCGUUUAGUGCUCUGCCCAUUGCACUGAGGCAGAGCCAGCAGGAAGAGCAUCCUUCUUACCCCUGAUACCUGGAGCUGCCUGUUGCUAAAACCUCUGGCCCUUGGGGUGUGGGAUGAAAUGACCUUAGAACUUUCUGUGCUUCACAGUGACAAAAGCACCCCUACUCUUGCACGUUAGCGGCACCUUUCCCUGCCAUCCUCCUCGAUUUUCCCCCUCGGAGCCACUGCCAACAGAGGCAACCUUUUAUGCAAAACCAUUGACACCAGUUGGUGCAGAUAUGAGGUCAGGAACUGCUGGUGCAGAUUGUUGCAGAUGGAGUCACCUAUUUGUCCUAUCCCUGGGUGCCAGUUCUCAACCCAACAGCCUGUUUCAGGAGGUGGGCAGCUUAGCUUGUGAAUGACUCAGCCUACGGGUUUGCCCUACUAUUUUCUCACAGCGUUUGGUGCUUGAUGAGUUACCAGCCCUUGCUUCUGGAAGGUGCCCCUUCUCUCAGCGCGGCUUGUCCUUGGGCUUGAGUGAAUGAGUUGUGACGGCUCACAGAAAUCGAAAUCAUGGGCUCACGUCGAAAGCACACCCUGCACAUGUCAGGAGUUUGCCUUUUCCUGUUAGAACAGGUUUCUCAGUACAUUAGAAGGAUCCCUUAUCGCACCAUAGAGUAAGUGACACAGGUCUGGGAGAAGACAAGACCGGAGAACACCAAAACAAGUCGAAUAGGAGGUCCUAAGUCACUGGAGGCUGCCCCAUCCCUCCACGCACUCUGCUAAUGUACCAUUGUUGACAGCGUCUGGGCCUCUCCUGCGUGACCCACAAUCCAAUGCCCCCACAUUACCUAGUUAACAGAGGAGGGUUACAUGGGAAGUAGCCAUUGGUCAUUUGAGCUUAUCAUAGAUUAAGUCUUCAGAAGAAUACGAAUCAGUUGUUUUGUGGCUGCAACAGAAAAUAAAUGUGUGUGUGUGUGUGUGUGUGUGUGUGAGAGAGAGAGAGAGAGAGAGACAGAGACAGAGACAGAGACAGAGACAAAGAAUGAGUAGGGGUGCUGGGGGGGCAUCGCCGAAACAAACUGCCACAUAGCCCUUGUGCUUGAACUUAACCCUGUCCAGAUCAGAGCCCCCACUCAGAUUUCCAUGAAUAGAAUAAAUGCCCCAAGAGCCAUUGUGAGUGCCCGAAUCUUCAGGUAACUCUUAGCCCUAUGCUGAUGCUUUUUACCCUAAGCACACACCCCUGUAGUGUAGUUCAUCUAUCAGUCACAGGAGGAGAUGGAUAGUCAUAACUAAUAAUACAGCACAGCAGUCAUAAAAACAUAUGGUGAUCAAUACUGAGUGCAAGUGACUUCCUGCCUCCUGAAUAUCCCACCACACUUCAGUGAGGUGGUAUGGGGCUUUUCUCUGCUUUGCCCCAGUUGUAGACGACACCACACUGUGUUUUGUAUUUGGAGGUCCUUAUCAUCAAUGGCAGCCCUUACAUGCUGUGGCUCCAACAAACCAGAUGUCCGGGCCGCAUAGACAGCUCAGCAGUUAAGAGCACUGGCUACUCUUGCAGGGACAGAGUCCUGUUCCCAGCUCACAACUGCCUAGAACCCCAGUUUCAGCGUAUCUGACACCCUCUUUUCCCUUCAAGACACACAUGUACUUAUAUGUACUUACAGAGACAUACACAUAAAUAAACAUAAAAUUGAUCUUAAAAAAUAGACAUCUUAUUUAGGGAUUUAUUGCUGUGUGAAACACCAUGUCCAAAAGCAUCUUAGGGAGGGUUUAUUUCAUUCACCGUUCCAUAUAAAAGUUCAUUAUCAAAGGCAGUGGAGGCAAGAACUCAAACAGGGUAGGAACCUGGAGG